AUGAAUAUAUUCACCGUAGCAGUUAUAACCGUGGCGAUAGUCGUAGCUGAGACCGUUCCCAUUGGGGGGGCAGCCGAUCCUGGAUUCGACUUGGACAUUAUUAUGGAAGAGAUGACUAUGCAAGGCAGAUGUCCACCAAAUGUAACUGCAAAUUUUGAUGUGAUGUUCAACGAUGAUAAUUCGUCAUUGGUGAUGGGUUGUGCAUCACUCGAAUUCUUAACUACUCAUGAAAAGAGCGAAAUAAAUGUAUUCAGUUUGAAGUUUGGCCGUUAUAAGAACGGUGUUUGUGUGCCAGGUGGCUAUGGAGAUGUGGACAAUUUGGUGUUUUUCUGUAUAACACAAUUAGCCACGCCGCUAGGAAAAUACGAAAAUAGAAAAGUGUACAAGCUAUACGGCCAUGUCAUCGAACCGGUGGAGGUUUACAGCACCAGAUGUAUCAUGUUCAAGACGAGGAACUCCAUGAUGCACAAGGUGGCAAUUGGCGGUACCUCAUCAUGCAAUGGCUUGCAAGGCAUGUUAUCUUAUCCAGGGGAAAAACCCCCCAAAGGAUCAAUGUUGUUGCGGUCGAACAUACCCAGAAACAAUAUAAGAUAUUUGCGUGCCUUAGUAGAACAUAAAAACUCAACACAACUGAACUUUUCAGGGUCUAGAUAUUACUGGAAGGCAGGUUGAUGGGUUGUAUGUUUUUACAUAAACAAUUUAUU